AUGCGUCCAGGCUCUACACUUCUAGGGUCUAAGCGCACUCCUGCCGGGUCCUCGAUCCCUUUAAAGCGACUCCCCGGAACCCACCACGACACGGGUGUCUGCAGAGGCCAGCCUGGCCGCACGCCCGCCCUGCGGGGUAGCAGGGAGAAAGUUGGCGGCUCGCAGCCUCCACCUAAGUCCGGGUUACUGAUUAACCAGCCCCAGCGCUUCUCCGUGCGCGGCCUCGGAGCCGCAACUCGCCUCGGUGGAAGAAAGUCCAAGUUACUCAUCUUUGUCACCGCGGACCGGGCAGUGCGCGCGCGCGCCACCCGGGAGGCCGCGACCCCGGGACGGGGCUCAGGCCCAGCGCCCGCCGCAGGGCCUCCGGGGACAGCUCUACUGCAACAGGCGCCCGCCCCUCCCUCCCAAAGCAAAAGCCACGGCUCCCCGGCCCGAGGAAGGGCAGCCCGGGCCUGCACGGCGCGACUGCGAGCCACGCGCGAGCCGCGGACGCGCGUGGGGGAGCGGGGCCAGCUCCAAGCGUCCCCCGCCGUCAUCCCCCGGCCGCAGAUGCGACGGGAUCCCCGAGUCCGCAGCGGGGACUCCGCACGCGGCUCCCCCCGGCUCCCCGCUUCGCCCUCCGCCAACUUUGCCAACUUUCCACGCGGCCCCGCGGGCAGGAGUGGGCGCCCCCGCGCGCCCCCGCGCCCUCCGCGCACCUACCGCAGUGGCUCGCCGCGCCGCACCUGCCCGCCCGCACCUGCCGCGGCGCGCGCAGCCUCGCCACUGGGGGCGGGGCUCCGGCGGGAAGCGCCCCGUCGCCGUGGCAACCGCGCCCGGCGGCGCCUGCGCACAGCAGCGAGGGGUGGAGCGCGGGCCCCGGAGCCGCGGGACUGA